UAGUGGCAGAGGAAGGUUGUCGCGAAAUCGUAUUCUUUAUUUCUUUGUAAUUGUAUUGGUACCCUUAGUGAAACCAAUAAUUUAGUUUUAUUAUCAAGUGAUGUUAAUUGUGUAAACGUGAUAUAGUUAAUACGUGUUAUGCACGCAAUGAGUGAUCCAGCUGCUUUGGCAGGGAUGUUACCUUUCGAUUCAAUAGGAUUAUACGAGCAGCCAAAACCUCGAUUUAUCUUUAAGAUGCCCCGUGUGGUUCCAGAUCAAAAAGCCAAAUUCGAAUCCGAUGAUUUGUUUAAAAGGCUGAGCCGGGAAAGCGAGGUACGAUACACGGGCUAUCGUGACCGCCCGCCAGAGGAGCGGCAGAUGCGCUUCACAAGCGGCUGUCGUGAGGGCCAUACAGAGAUCGCCUUCACUGCUACCGGCACUAACCUCCAGCUGGUGUUCGACCACUCACCUUAUAACAAUCGUGGUUGUGAUUUCCAAAAAGAAACUGGCAAGGCUCAUAUUGUAUCCCGAUUUAUAAUGAACGGUGUGUGCGUGCGAUGGCGAGGCUGGAUUGACUUAGAACGCCUGGACGGCGCUGGCUGUCUAGAGCUAGACGAGGAACGCGCUGCAAUUGAGGACGCCGCUCUACGAGAUCAAAUUGAGCGAUAUAACCAGAGGCUAAGAGAUUUUGAGGACAAACAGCGUGCUUACCGCGAACACGGCGAGGAACUUCGAGCCCACUCUCAAGUUCAUGCACAGCGUUGUCACCAAGCUCGCCAACCGACUCACCCAGCUCAUCCUGCCCACCCACAUGCAACACAUCCUGUCCACAUUAAACCACACUCCCAGGGUGCUCUGAUAUCGUGAACACUUUUAAUCAUUAUUAAUAUAACAAUGUUAAAGACUAUUAAACUUUUUAAUCUUUCAAGUUAAAAAAUAAUGUAUAUCAUUCUAUCGUACAAGUAAACUUAACAUAAUAAAUACCUACGUGUGGUUAUCUUAUUACGAAUAGAAAUUCAGCUUCUAGGUAUCAACCAUUUUAUUAUCAUCAAAAUGAAUGUAGUUCAUAAUUAAAUAUAAAUUUAAAUAAAUACUCUAGAUUCAAAUCUAAUAACUAAACAUUAGUGACUUUACGCGAUCAUUAAAUGUAUUCAUUGCUUAAAAAUGUGUAAGUAAAUUAAAUGUCAUUAGUUAAUCUUACAUCAGCCACAUUAAGAAAUAACGUAGGUCAGUACCUACGUCACUUUCAUUUACGCAAUUACAGUUAAAAAAUAAUUCUUAAUCGUAGAAAAGAAUGUUAUCAUAAUAUAGGUAUGCAUUAUUAUCUUUGCAUAAUCGGGCUGCCAAAUAUACUCAACAAUUAUUAAAUAAUGUGUUCAAAUGUGUAAAUUGUAAAAGUACAAUCGCAUCCAAACAAAAAAAUAAUGUUUUUUUUUUAUAUAGGUAUGGACUCAUUUUAUUAUAUAUAUAAAUUACUUCUCCUAGAGCUAUAAUAACUUAAAUAAUUAAAUAUCAUGUACUUAUUCAUACAUAUUAUGUGACUAGGAACGCAUUGAAUGGAGAAAUGCGAAAGUCGAUGUAUUAAAACUUAACAACAUAGUAACUAUUCAAUUUAAAUUAACAGUCUUUUAGAUAAUUAUAAGCGCCAUGUAUGUCAUCUAUACUACUUCCAUUUAUUAAAAUGUUUUGAUUGUGAUUAGCAUUUUCGAUUCGUGUAAAAAUAUGUUCAUGUUUAUUUGGUAUUCGUGUUAUUUAUUUUUUAAGAUUCUUUAUUUUAUGUAAGAUUUACG